AUGUGGGGCCGUAUACUGCUCACCGUCGACGCCAUCGGCAUGUGCUUUGGGACGCUGAAGGCGGAUUACUUCAGCCAUACACACAUGUAUAAUCCAAACUGGCCACCACAUGCAAAGUUCCACAACGCGCAGACAGUUGGCUUGGCCUGCAUCCUCUCGUUCGCAACUUUGUACUGGACCUGGCGCAAGGCGCAGUCGCCGCAGCUUCAUCGCGAGUUCAUGAAGAUAGCUGCGUUCCUGGGCUCCAUAUACUGGAUCACGGGGCUGCUGAGCAUCUUGCCGGAGGGCACGAUGGGCGUGGAUCCCGAGUUCGGGGGGCCGGCGUUCCCGCAGAAGUAUAUAUUUACGUCGUUCUUGCUCUGUGGACUUGUUGGGGCUUGGCUUGAGUACGAGUGA